AUGAGUAUAGCCCAAGAACCUGUAGGUUGGUUUCAAGGCUCCAAAAACGCCAACCUGAGGUUGAAAGGGAACGCCAAGAAGACUCAACACAAGAAGGUGUCGUGGCCAUCAAGGGACGCCGAACUCAUGCAGUUGCAAAUGGAGAAAUUCCGCAGGCCUCAAUCAACUGCCGUCGACGCUGAGAUCAGCCGGAUUUUGAAGGAUCGAGACGACAUUGAAGCAGUUUUCCAAAACUUGAUCAACACCCUUGUCAGCGAUGAAAGGGAAAGAGGAGGUGAUCCACCAAAAGGAGAGCUCUACGCCCUUGCUUGUGGCCGGCUCUUAUGGAUGGUGAAUUAUCGCCACCAG